AAAAAAUGGACGAAUUUUUUGAUGAUCCAGCAGGCACAAUUGAGACAUAUGUAAUUCCAGAAGUUGCUGCUGAACCUCAUAUGUUUAAUGAUGCAGGUAUGGUAUUUUAUAAAUUCUUUAUAAAGCCAGACAACCAUUUGAAAUGCCUAUUGCACCUAAUGCUGGAGUUUCUCUAGUGGUAUGAAUGGAAGAUUAAUUUACAACUUUUUAGAGUGCUGAGCAAUAGAAAAGAAGAGAUAAAUUGAGAGAGCUUGAGGAUGAACGACUCAAGCAGAUAAGAGAAAAAGAUUAGGAAGAAAGAAUUUAAAAAUAAUAACGAAAAGAGAAGGCAUAACAAUAUUUAUUGCAGUUUUAAACGUAUUUCAUUAGAUAAUCUAUAUGAAGACAAUUGAAAAGUGAUAUUCAAGCACGCAAAGAUGCAAAUAAAUAAACCUAGGAGCUGCGAUCUCAAAAUAAAAGUGAAUAUGUAUUGUGUUAUUCAUGCUACAAAAGAAAAACUCUUGGGAUAAAAUAGCAUCCAACAUUGCAUUGAAAGAUGGCGAAUAUCCUGGAGAAAAGGAUGUAACCAAAAUGAGACAAGCCAUACUUAACAAGAGAAAAGACUUGACUAAGUGA